CGUAGCUGGCAUCGUACAAUGCAUCAGUUAACAUUUUGUCGUCGAAUCAAACCCAGCAACAUGAUCGUCAUAAAGUCAACAACAAUCCUCCUACUGGUCGCCUGCGCAGCGGCUUACCCAUACCCGCACCCUGACGAAUGGGAGCCCGAAGGCCACUCGCACACAGAGCACACCAAACCGUACCAUACUACUGUGGUCAAGAAGAUCGGCGUACCGGUACCGCAUCCGGUCGCCGUGUCAGUACCGCAGUAUGUGAAGAUCCCGAUUCCGCAUCCGUACCCAGUGCAUGUCACUGUGGAACAGCCGAUCCAUGUCCCUGUCUAUAAGGUCGUGCCCCAAAUCGUAGAGAAACCCGUGCCCUACACCGUGGAGAAGCCCGUGCCCUAUGACGUCGAGAAGCCGUACCCCGUCGAGGUCGAGAAGAGGGUCGAAAUCCCCGUUCCCAAGCCCUACCCGGUCCACGUGCCGGUCUACAAACACAUCUACCACCACAAGGGAGGCAAGAAGCACUAAACAGAAAAAAAGCUUGUACCGCAAGCGUAUUUUUCUAUUCAUAAAUCAUACAAAUUCAAAUUCGGAAAAGAAAAAUGUUUACAAUGUAAACUGUGUCUUUUACCGUUCGGUAUUGCCAUAUUUGGCUUCAUGUAAAUAAAUAGUUAAAUGGAUGUUUAAGGCUAGUACGUGGGUCCCCACACCGCAGUUGUUCAUUGUGAUAUUUAUUGUGUGUUGAUAUUGUUUGAUCGUUGUUGACUAUUGAGUAAUUGUUGUUAAUUGUACUUUAAUGUUAAGUUUGUUAAAUAAAUAAUGUACAAAAUA